CCUCCUUCUCUUUGAUUCCAUAGGAGCCAUUGAACUGAAGAGAAGCCACUAUUAACAGAAAGAGCACAAAGCCCAGCCGAGAGUGAACCCCAACCCCAACCCCAACCGCAACCCCUCUCUCUCUCUCUCUGCACUGAGGAACAAAAUAAAUAAAAUCACCGGAGAAGGGGGGUCAAAAAAAAAAAAAAAACCGAGUGCUCUCUCUCUCUGAAUCUCGCUCGCAGAGCUUGCGAAGCCAGAACCCUAGCUAGCACUGUCAUGAUCACAAGCUCCCCGGUCUGCCACAGCCACCAACGCCACCAUGAUCAACACAGCCAACGGCAUGAUGUCCACGUCGUCCUCCUCCGCUGCCGCCGCUCCCGGCGGUAACGCCCCCUCCCCCGGCCUCAAGACCUAUUUCAAGUCCCCCGAGGGCCGCUACAAGCUCCACUAUGAGAAAGGCCACCCCUCCGGCUUGAUGCACUACGUCCAGGGCAAGACCGUCACUCAGGCAACUGUAGCCACUAUCAAGGACAAGCCAUCCCCGCCAACCCCACCAUCUCAGCCCUCUUCGAGCUUCAGUGCCAGCAGUGGAGUACGAUCUGCUGCUGCAAGGUUAUUGGGUAGCGGUAAUGGGAGCCGUGCCCUGAGCUUUGUUGGAGGAAAUGGUGGGAGCAAGAGCAUUAGUGGGGGCAGUAGGCUUGGACCAUUAGGUUCGAAUUCAAGUACUUCGAAUCUGACUUCGAAUUUUGAUGGUAGAGGGACCUACUUGAUCUUCAAUAUGGGUGAUGGACUUUUUAUAAGCGAUUUGAAUUCUCAAGACAAGGAGCCAAUGAAGGCCAUCUAUUUUAAUAAUGUGUAUCCUGUCUGCCAUGCAUUUGAUUCCGAUGCCAAGGAUGGGCAUGAUUUGCUCAUUGGGUUAAGUACUGGUGAUGUCUAUUCCGUGUCACUGAGACAGCAAUUACAGGACAGUGGAAAGAAGCUUGUUGGGGCUCAACAUUAUAACAAGGAUGGUUCAGUUAAUGGCAGCCAGAACUCAUCAACGCACUUUCCAUCAAGCAGAAGGAUUAUCGACAAAUGUCGCUGUACUUGCAUUUCAUGGGUGCCUGGAGGUGAUGGUGCUUUUGUUGUUGCACAUGCUGAUGGAAAUAUAUAUGUAUAUGAAAAGAGUAAAGAAGGUGCCGGGGAUUCUUCUUUCCCAGCUAUCAAAGAUCCAACUCAAUUUUCUGUUGCACAUGCACGGUACAGUAAGAGCAAUCCGAUUGCUAGAUGGCAUAUAUGCCAAGGUUCAAUUAAUGGCAUAGCAUUCUCGACAGACGGAACCUAUUUAGCUACUGUUGGCAGAGAUGGUUAUCUACGAGUCUUUGAUUACUCGAAGGAACAAUUGAUAUGUGGGGGUAAAAGCUACUACGGUGCUUUAUUAUGUUGUGCUUGGAGCAACGAUGGGAAAUACGUACUAGCUGGAGGUGAAGAUGAUUUAGUCCAAAUCUGGAGUAUGGUAGAUAGGAAGGUCGUUGCUUGGGGAGAAGGGCAUAACUCAUGGGUCAGUGGAGUUGCUUUUGAUUCAUUUUGGUCAUCCCCCAAUUCUGAUGACUCAGGAGAUUCCGUGUUGUACCGAUUUGGUUCUGUUGGGCAGGACACACAGCUGCUUCUAUGGGACCUAGAGAUGGACGAGAUUGUCGUUCCUCUUCGCCGUCCUCCGGGUGGUUCGCCUACAUUGAGCACUGGAAGCCAAUCAUCGCACUGGGACAAUGUCACCCCUGUGGGUACCCUCCAGCCCGCUCCAAGCAUGAGAGAUAUUCCUAAAAUCUCCCCGGUGGUCGCUCACCGAGUUCACACAGAGCCCCUCUCUGGACUAAUAUUCACCACCGAGUCUGUCCUCACAGUAUGUCGAGAAGGUCACAUCAAGGUGUGGAUUAGACCCCACAUCGCAGAAGCCCAAGGGGCCAGCAAUCCUGAGACAGCUCUGAGCACGAGCCUGAAGGACAAGCCCUUGCUAUCGAGCAAGGUCUCAAAUUCUUCUGGUUAUAAGCAAUAAUGACCUGGAUAUCUUAUGAAGAAGAGUCUGAGAAGCGAUUGGGUUUUCUCAGCGCUCAGGGAAUCCUUCAGAAGGUCGCUAAUUGUGACCCUUGUUUCGUUCGGUCCGAUUCAGUUGGUUUUCAGUGUAAAUGUAAUCUAAUUUUUGGUGGGAUGGAUAGACCAGCUGUUCUUUUCUUUUCUUUCUUUUUUUUCUUUUUUUGUAUAUUCCAGGGUGAUAAUUGCCUUUGCCUGGCACCGGAGGAGAGGUAGGUAACAUAUAACAUAUAUAUAUAUAUAUAUAUAUAUAUAUAUAUGGAUUAUGUAUGCGAAGUACGAGUUUAUAAUUAAAAAUUGCCAUUGAGUAAAA